CUGGGAACUUACUGGCUGGCCCCUGCUGCCAAAACAGGAAGUGAUUUGAAUGUCGUCUGUUUUUAGGACUUUCUGAACUUCCAGAGUUGUAAAACAAAUUUCAGCAGUGAAUUUACUGCUUUGCUUUACUACUCAUUUCUUCUAAAACGCCCGUGCCGGGGUUAAACUCUCAGGGGCAAAGUCCUGUACAAAUAGUCACUUAGUAACGAGCUUUGCAAACCCAGCCUCUCCAGCACAUUAAAUUCAAAGCAGGGCUUUUUUUUUUUUUUUUUUUGGGAUAGAAACUGGUGCGGGUGAAGAGAGAAAGAAGGAACAGGGAAGAGGGAAGUUAGACCUCCCUUCCCUCCUUGUCUUUCUCAGAAAACCAAACAUGGCAUCUUCCAUGAAGAGCUUGUUUUCUGACCACAGCAGAUAUGUUGAAUCUUUCCGGAGGUUUCUCAACAAUUCCACGGAGCAUCAGUGCAUGCAGCAAUUCAUGGACGAGAAGCUGCCGGGCAUAAUAGCAAGGAUUGGAGACACAAAAUCUGAAAUUAAGAUUCUAAGCAUUGGUGGAGGUGCAGGUGAAAUUGAUCUUCAUAUCCUCUCCAAAGUGCAGGCUCAAUACCCAGGAGUUAGUAUCAACACUGAAGUGGUUGAACCAAGUGCUGAACAAAUCUCCAAGUACAAAGAGCUUGUAGCCAAGACAUCAAACCUCGAGAACAUAAAGUUUACUUGGCAUAAGGAGACAUCAUCUGAAUAUCAAAAUAGAAUGAUGGAGAAAAAAGAACUUCAGAAGUGGGACUUUAUUCAUAUGAUCCAGAUGCUGUAUUAUGUAAAAGACAUCCCAGGCACCCUGAAAUUCUUCCAUAGUCUCUUAGCUACCGGUGCUAAGAUUCUCAUUACUCUUGUGUCCGGAACCAGUGGCUGGGACAAGCUAUGGAAAAAGUACGGAUCUCACUUACCCCGGGAUGACCUCUGCCAGUGUGUCACGUCAUCUGACCUCAUGCAGAUGCUGGACAAGUUGGGGAUUAAGUAUGAGUGUUAUGACCUUCUGUCUACCAUGGACAUAUCUGACUGUUUUAUUGAUGGCAAUGAAAAUGGAGACCUGCUUUGGGAUUUUUUGACAGAAACCUGGUACUUUAGUACAACAGCACCACCUGAUCUCAAAGCAGAAAUUAUGAAAGAUCUACAAGAGCCUGAAUUCAGUGUAAAGAAAGAGGGAAGGGUUCUUUUCAAUAACAGUCUGAGUUUCAUAGUGGCUGAGGCAUAAAUGUCCACCAUGAGAAUGUAUUCAAAAACUAUAGUUUGAACAAUUUUGAUCAUUCACUUAUUUGUGCAUUAAAAUUAUAAAUAUAUCUCAUAAUAUAAACAGAGCAUUUUCUCUGAUAUGCAAAAUCUAGAAAAUCCCAAGAUAUUCUUGGACUUCCAUGUGGAAUCAUACAUGACACUGCUGGUCUUAUCCCAUCCCUUCUAUCGGUAAAGAGACUACAUGCUGUCUACACACCACAUAAUCUGGAAAAAUGAGACAACUAAGUUUCACGGGCUUAUUGACAAUAAAACCCUUUCCAUUUGUUGAUUAUAAUGGAAUUUCCUGGAAUACUAAUAAAAUAUGUGCUAUGGAUUUUUAAAAUACUAGUAAAGUAUAUGCUUAUUGAUA